GGAAGGAGCGGGGCGCCGCCGACCAGGCCGAACGUUCGUUUCCUCUUCCCUCCCAAUCGACUUUCAGCUCUUCGCCUGCACCGUUUUCCGGGAGAGGAGAAAACACACAAGGAUUUCGGCCUAGGAGACAGCGACACUUGGGAGUCUUUCGGUGAGGAAACAGCGGUGUCGGGCGCAGCAUGCACAAGCCGGCCCCGGGCUGCUGAGCGGGCGUCGCGCUCCCGAGCGGGCUCUUUCGCCGCGGCGGCGGGAUGGAGCCGACGACCGCGCCCCAGGCCGACAUGGCGCCAGAGCUGACCCUGGAGGAGGAGCAGGCCACCAAGCAGUUUCUUGAAGAGAUUAACAAGUGGACAGUUCAGUACAACGUUUCCCCACUCUCUUGGAAUGUGGCUGUAAAGUUCCUCAUGGCUCGAAAGUUUGAUGUGCUCCGUGCCAUAGAGUUGUUCCACUCCUACAGGGAAACACGAAGGAAGGAAGGCAUAGUGAAGCUGAAACCUCACGAAGAACCUCUCCGUUCUGAGAUCCUUAGUGGAAAAUUUACCAUCUUAAAUGUUCGGGACCCAACAGGAGCCUCCAUCGCCCUCUUCACUGCCAGACUGCAUCAUCCCCACAAGUCAGUCCAACAUGUGGUACUUCAGGCUCUGUUUUACUUGCUAGACAGAGCUGUGGAUAGCUUUGAAACUCAGAGGAAUGGACUGGUGUUUAUCUAUGACAUGUGCGGUUCUAAUUAUACCAACUUUGAGCUGGAUCUUGGCAAGAAAGUCCUAAACCUGCUGAAGGGAGCAUUUCCAGCUCGCUUGAAGAAAGUGCUGAUUGUGGGAGCACCCCUAUGGUUCCGAGUGCCGUAUUCCAUCAUCAGCCUCCUCCUGAAGGACAAAGUCCGGGAGAGGAUUCAGAUAUUGAAGACAUCUGAGGUCAUCCAGCACCUGCCCAGAGAGUGCCUUCCAGAAAACCUGGGUGGGUACAUCAAAAUGGACCUCACCACUUGGAAUUUCCAGUUCCUACCCCAGAUGAAUGGCCACCCGGAUCCCUUCGAUGAGAUCAUCCUGUUCUCCCUCCCUCCUGCUUUAGACUGGGACUCAGUGCAUGUUCCAGGUCCCCACGCCAUGACUAUCCAAGAGCUGAUGAAUUAUGUUAGCACCAGGCAAAAGCAGGGAAUAUAUGAAGAGUAUGAAGACAUUCGUCGUGAGAACCCUGUUGGCACUUUCCACUGUUCUAUGUCACCAGGAAACCUAGAGAAGAACCGCUAUGGGGAUGUACCCUGCCUGGACCAAACAAGAGUGAAGCUGAUAAAACGAAGUGGCCACACUCAGACAGAUUACAUCAAUGCCAGUUUCAUGGAUGGCUAUAAGCAGAAGAAUGCUUACAUUGGCACACAAGGUCCUUUGGAGAAUACCUAUCGUGAUUUCUGGCUCAUGGUAUGGGAGCAAAAAGUCUUGGUGAUUGUCAUGACCACUCGCUUUGAGGAGGGCGGCAGGAGGAAGUGUGGCCAGUACUGGCCUUUAGAAAAAGACUCUCGGAUCCGAUUUGGCUUCCUCGCAGUGACCAAUCUAGGCGUGGAGAACAUGAACCAUUAUAAGAAAACAACGCUAGAAAUUCAUAACACAGAGGAGCGACAGAAACGCCAGGUGACUCACUUUCAGUUCCUGAGCUGGCCUGAUUAUGGUGUCCCCUCUUCAGCAGCUUCCCUCAUUGACUUCUUGAGAGCAGUCAGGAGCCAGCAGAGGCUUGCUGUCAGCAGCAUGGGAGCACACUCCAAAGGGCAGUGCCCUGAGCCACCCAUUGUGGUCCACUGCAGUGCAGGCAUUGGCAGGACAGGUACCUUCUGCUCACUGGACAUCUGCCUGGCACAAUUGGAGGAGCUUGGUACUCUUAAUGUGUUCCAGACGGUGUCCCGCAUGAGGACCCAGAGGGCCUUCAGCAUCCAGACCCCUGAGCAAUACUACUUUUGCUACAAGGCAAUCCUGGAGUUUGCAGAAAGGGAGGGCAUGGUGCCAUCCAGCCACAACCUCCUGGCCAUGGAGAGUCAGUAACUGUCCCAUGAGCCUCCCACCUGCUAGCCAGCCUUCUUCCUUAAACUACCCUGGACACCGCUGAGCCUAUAGGUUGCCAUCAGUUACACUGAAGCCAUGGACCAACCUCUUUCUUGUGUCUCCUGGUGCACGGAAGGCAGCCUUUUCCUUUGGCUAGAUAGAAGUGGUGAAAAUGUUAUUAGAAAGGGCCAGCAGCAAUGUGUUCUUAAUUCCUAGCACCUGCCAUUGAACUGUGCCUUAUUAAAACCAAAUUGUGGCUGUUGAUUUUUGCCAGGGGCUCCAAGCAAGGUAAGUGGGAAAGGAAACUCUCUCUUCCCUUUCCCAAUGCCUUCUCCUUCUGGAGGUCUCUUUCCCAUUCCUUCCCUUUGCUAGGAUUUUAUGGGGAGGUUUGGUGAGCAUCCACCUUCCUUCCCAGAAAGCUUGACCAAGUUAUAUGUUCUAGAGAACGUCCUGAGUGCCAAGCACGUUUAUACCUAGAGCAUAUAUUCUAGUCUUUUCUGUUAUUCUGUAUGUGUGUGUGUGUGUAUGUGCACUUAUGUGUAUGGGUCCAUCUGUAUGUGUGUAUAUAAUAUAUACUGUAUGUGAUAAUAUGGUGGUAUUCUAUAAAUACAUAUACACAGAGUUACUCCUUUGUAGAAGUUCCUGGGGCCCCAUGUUGCAGUUCAGGACCCAUUGCUUCUUGUGCCCUACUGUUUAUCCUGGGCUAGCUGGGGUGGGGAUCAUGCUUCCUGUUGUCAGACCGCAGAGUGGUGGAAAAGGACACAGGCACAUCUACUCUUCAUGUUCCUUCCACAGGCCUUCAUCUUUACAUAAAGGCUUAUCUCUCUUCAGGAUACUAUCUGUUGGAGCUGAAAAUACUGGUUUGUGGUGACACUGGUUUAAUUCAACAUGGAUUGCCCUUACCAAAUUAUUUUCCUCCAUUUGUUUUGAUGAUUUUGGUAAUAGAACUCCACUGUGAUUUUCUUUCCUCUUCUUAUCACUUGGGGAUUGGAGACUGGGAGUAGAGAUAAACCCACUGAGCAGCCAGAGCCAAAAGCAAUUGAUUCAGUGUCUUGGAAAGAGAAGGAGCUCAGGUAUGAGAAAGGAAACUACUUUGAGAAUCUUUCCCUGGGAGAAUGAGCUAGGGGCCCUUUUUCUUUUGUCAAAAGGUUCCUUUCCUUAUGCAGCUUGGCCCUGUCCACUCAGAUGCCUAUUUCUUUCUGCCUAGCAGCCUGCCAGACCCUGGAACUCAAGCUGGGUGAGAUCUGUGUCAGUAAAAAUCUUAACUCCUGGCUGGAUGAGGCAGUUCCCUGCAAUUACUAUUUCCCUUCCAGUCACUCAACCUGUCCCUCUCUGCUCCCAGCUUACCCAGCCUGAUGUGCCAGGGAUGGAAUCGAGUCCCCAGUCUACAUUCCCAAGAAAAUCCCAGGAACUCCUAAAGCUUCCCCCAUCACAGAUGAGGUUAGCAGCUGAUCAGACCUCAAUACUUUUAUACUGUAAUAAGCUCUUGAAUGUAUAGGUUCCUAUUUUACAGUCUUUUCAUUUUAUAUUUAAUAUCUGUGGACUGAGUCAGAUUCAGAAAAUAAUUGUAAAUGUUCAUAUUCAGUAUCUUACACUGAUAGUUUUGUAUUUACAUAUAAAUAUACUGACAUGAUCAAA